AUGUCAGUCCAUCCUAACAUCGACAAGAAAUCCUUCAUUCGCUGGAAGCAGCGAGACAUCCAUGAUAAGCGCGAGCAAAGACGUCAGCACAUUGCUCAUUUAAAAGCCGAGGAGGAGAUGAAUGCACAGCUAUUGAUCAGAAUUGACAAAAUCGUUGCCAGUCUGAAGGAAAGGACCAGGACUCCCGCAGAAGUGAUCGAUACGUUUGUCAGGGAGAAUGCAGCCGCCGAUAACAAACCGGCGGCUCCAGGUGCACCAACAUUUCUCGACAUGAUGUUGUCUCUGCUCGGUCAGGUCAAGCAAGAGCUUUCCUCAGCUGGAAAUGAGAGCGUCGAAGCAUACAUCGAGAAACUUGGCGUGCAUCGCAACAAGCUCUCGGAGUUACAAGAUGAAUGCACACGCAAGUUGAAAGAGCUUGAAGAUGAUGAGAAGAAUAAGAUCACCUCAGAAGGCAUUCGAGAAGGCUUCAACCGAAGCAUUGUGAACAAGUCCAAACCAUCCGAGCCGGCGCCGAAGCCUGUGGAAGCAAAACAAACUAUCGAAGUUCUCAAUCCUAGCGCCGGCGAGAAACACAUCGCAGAUGGUGCUCAGAAAUCAGGCUACGAAUCAGACGAUGAGGAAGAGGGACAUAUUGAGCCAAGUCCUGCCGGUCGUGAGUUUGCCAAGAUCAAGGCAGGGGACUUUGGUAUGUGCCUCAAGUUCAUCAAAGAGCAUCCAGAGGUUGUCAGUGACAAGGAUGUUGACGGCUUGUUCAUCGAAGCUUUCCACGCACAAUCUCGGGGUGAGGAGAGCUAUGCGAAGCAGUGUGUGUCUCAGGCACUUUUGUUGCAAUACUGCAAGCAACUCGGAAAGGACGGCGUGGCAUUGUUCUUCAAGCGUGUUACUACUCCGGGUCACCAGGCGCGCCAGGUAUAUCAAAACGAUGUGGAACAAACAUAUGAUCGCAUCCGUGUUCGGGCAAAAGAACUAGCUUCUGAGAAAGCGAAUCAGGAGGAAGCUGGCGGAGUCGAGCAGAUCCAGCUGCACGCGGUAGACCCCAACACCGAAAUCGAAAUUCAUGUUCCUCCGGCUGAUUCCGACGACGCGGAGGAGCAGGAAGGUCGCAAGAUCUUCGAAUCAUUCCCACCUGGCUUGCAGCGGGCCCUUGAAAGCGGAAGUCUAGAUGAAGUGAACGUUGUACUCGGUAAGAUGGCGGUUGAUCAAGCCGAGGAAAUUGUGGGUCUCCUUGGUCAGGGAGGUAUGCUCAGUGUUGAAGAGAAGAUUUACGAUGCUACUAAAGGCCCUGUCGAGCUGCCAACGGUGGAAAAAAAGACGGAGGUUGAGUCGCAGGGUCUGCCUGAGAUUGACCUUGACUGA